AUAACCAUCGGCCGGAGUUUAAUCGGAAGGACUUUGUAACGAUAGCUUACUGCUCGGAACAAGUAUAACUCCAGCUCGCAACGCGUUUGUUUUACAUACUGAGGGUGUCUGAACCCGGUGAUAGAUAAGUAUCAAUCAAUUUGUAAAUUAAAUUCACCAUCAGCAAGAUUUAGUCUAGUAAACUGGUGUUCGUGCCGAUCGGUAUAAAAAGCUCCGGAGCCGAGCAACCAAGAUAAACAUAGCGUCUAAUACACACUGAUCUGAAGAGGAAGAAAUCCUCUCUGCUUGAUGCUAGAGCGUGGUAACGCAUGGAAUCGGUUCAUAAACUCAACUCGCGCUGUCAUCUCCUUUUGACGUAUACAGUUCAGGCUAUAUCAGUUUAAGAGGGAGAGAUCUGAACGAGCGUGACAUUUAAGCUUUGAAUCCCGGAAGAGACUGCAUGUUCUCGCGGUUGUAAACAGGAGUGGAAGGACACACUUGUAGCGGGGUUGUGCUCUGAAGGAUCUCCGAUCACGAGAUGGGGCAUUGCUGCUGCUCGAAAAACUGGGUUUAUGUGUUCGGCGUGUUGGGGGCGUUUCUGAUAAUACUUGGAGGCGUUCUGGUCGUGGUCGUGAAUAUUUUCAUCACUGCGACAGUUGAAACGGAUACCACUUUAGUAGAAGGGUCAACGGCGUUCGAAACCUGGGUGGAGACCCCAACCCCAGUCUACAUGCAGUACUACGUAUGGAAUCUUACCAAUAAGGAGGAAUUCUUGAACGGAAGUAAACCUGCAUUUGAGGAAGUUGGACCUUACACUUACAGAGAAAUCAGGAGAAAAAGUAACAUUUCCUUUGACGACGAGGAUGGGACCGUGACAUUUUACAACUACAAGGCCUACAUCUUUGAUCGCGAUCAGUCGGUGGGCUGGGACAAUGACACGUUUACCACUAUUGAUCUUCUGACAGUCACGUUCGGCCAUGUGAUGCAAUACAGUGACACUGGUAAAUUCUUGCACAAGCUGGUUCACAGAGGAUCUCUUUCGAAUCUGAUUAUUGAUGUUUCGGUGGUCGGAUUUAUGUACGGUUUCGAGCAACCGUACUUGACGUUUCUCAAUAGCAUAUUCACUUCAGUAGAACUCCCAACAGAAUUCGGGAUAUUUUAUGGGUCAAACGACACACUAGCGGCGGAAUGGGUUGUGUACACGGGACAAACUGAUGUAUCUCUGGUCAACCAAAUCAAGACUUGGAAUAACCUGACGUCACUCACUUACUGGAGUAAUGAAUAUGCCAACAUGCUGAACGGAACAGAUGGGCAGGCAUUCCAUCCAUUUCUUACCGAGGAUGACGUAUUGUACAUCUACGUGCCAGACAUAUGCAGGGCUGGUGUCAUAGAGUAUACGGGCCCCAAUGAGUUGCGAGGCAUACCAACGGCCAAGUAUUCUGCCCCGGCUUACCAGUACGCAAGCGCAGAAGAAUAUCCAGAUAACAUAGGAUUUUGCACACCCGACGAGAGCGGAUGCACUCCCAACGGACUACUGAAUGCAACAACGUGCAAAACCGCUCCGAUAUUCUAUUCGUCUCCACAUUUCUUGUACGGGAGCACAGAUCUAUUGGACAGUGUGAUUGGAUUUAAUCCAAUCCAAGACCAACACAAGGUGGACUUUGACAUCGAAAUGCUUACUGGUGUUGCUAUGCAAGUCUCAAACCGUUUACAAGUCAAUAUAAAAGUAGGUCCUCUUAGCCAAAUCAGCGAGUCAAGAAACAUCCCUUCAUUGUAUUUCCCGUACUUCUGGCUGAAUGAGAGUUCGGUUUUGGAUGAGGCUACAGCUGAUUUCUUCAAAGGAGACGUCCAGAAUCUCCUGCUCAUCGCUGACUGUGUCAAGGCGGCUGUUUUCUCGGUCGGUGCCGGCAUCUUUGUAGGGUCAGUGAUCAUUUUUAUGGUGAGGUGCUACCGGGCCCAAAAACGAAGGAAGCUUACUGAUCGACGUGUGAUAACUGUUCAAGGGGAGCCGAAACCAGACGAUGGGAUAAUCAACACGACAUACGAUCACGAGUACGAUGAGUUACCAGCGGCACAACCGUCAGUCUCGGGGGAAAACGGCACGGCAAAAUUUAAUUAGGACCGCGAUGUGUGGACUCUCUUUGCAGGAACAGUAGAUGGCGCUGUGUAAAUUAAUCAAUGACGUCCAAGUGUUAGACUGGUUCCCCGUCCCUCCGUUGUCUUUCGGACUUAUGGGAGCGGGAACCAGUCUAUUCAAGUGUCUGCCAUGCUCUCUUUUGAGGGCGUAGUUUUGCAUGGAGUCGGGAUCGAUCCAUAUUAACUUUACAAAAACACAACCUAGUUUCCGCAUGCGUGCAUCGGUUUGAGGGGAACUUGUUGACAAGCAAUGUUGUCCCAAGGUUGAUACCUCUUGUAAUGAAGCCAUCUUUUAUUUUGAAAAGAGGCGGAGAUCUUGAGGAAAGGGCGGGGCAUUAGCAUCUUUGAGAAGGGGGUGAGUUGGGUCGAAAGGGUUUAAGUAUAAAGUCGACUUUCUGUUGUGCAGUUCUAUUUUGUCAAUAAAGCCUAUUUUGUUAAGCUGGACAUUAUGCUGUCAAUCGUCAAACAGUUAAAUAACAAUUCCUUGUGAGGCAUCUAUUUCCUGUCCUGUAGGCUUGGAGAUACUCAGUUGUAUACAUUGGGUUCUGUAAGGAAGAGGCUGAACACUAUGAGCCGAAAUUGUGCAGCAAGACUGUCUGCUCUGAGCUACGUCCAUAAAUACAGCCAAUCAUCCAAAACUCUACUGAUGUAUGUUUUGUUAAAUCACUAAAAUUUCUGCAAUUUCGACAAAAUUUCAACUGGGGAUACACAGCUCCAAGUUUUCCAGACAGUGCCUUAACUGCGAGCAGUUACUUCUCUUCAGUUUAAGAAGAACAAGUACAGGAAAUUGUGUACUGACCACGAAAAUAUGUGAAUUACUUCAGGAUUUCUAGACAAAAUAUGAUGUAUAGAUGUUUUAUGCACGGUGAUAGAUAGAUUAACUGCCACUAGUAGCAGGCUGCUUGCACAUUUUCAUGUUGUUUUUUUAAAAAUGUGAUUGAUUCUCUCACUGAUGAAAAAAAUAUAUGUUGUUUAAUUUCUUGUGGUUAAGAACGAGAAGUAUGCAAUAUAACUUUCUCGUCUUUGUCCAUGAGCAACGUAUACUCAGGUUCUUAUUCCAAUUUCAGCAGUAUUUAAGACUUAGUGGUUCAGCUGUAGGUCUAUCUUGUUCAAGAUAAAUUAUUUAUUGAAUUGUCAAAUGGUGUUUUUUUAUAUUACCAUUUUAAAUUACAAAAUUUACCAGUGGAUAAAUCCAAACAAGUUUUGUACAAACAAAUCUAAACACAAGCCUUCUACAAGGUGUUUAAAAGAAAACACCUUUUUUACACAUAAAUUGGGUAAAAUUUGUUGUUUUUAAGCGAAGAUAAUUUCUGGUAUGAUAGCCACAGGACGAAAAGGGCAACCUAAGUAAGUUUGAACACAGUAUGUAAAGUAUUAUACUAUUAUGAGAGUCAGGCUGGCUUAAAUUUCUGCACAAGUACUGCUCCUAGUUUUGCACAAAUAUUAAAGUUUUAAGGACUGAAUUGUAAAUUUGAUUUUUUUUAUGGAUUGUAAAUAUCACUAUUUUUUGUUGACACAAUGAAGAGACAUAGCUGUCAAUAAAUUGAUAGGGUUGGUAUCAAAUAAUCACUGAAACUGGCCUGUCAUGCAGUUUAUUACAAAUGAUUUUUUUACGUAAUCUUGUUCAAACCAUUUCGUGGGUAAUUUUAGUCCAAUUUACUCCAACAGGUUUUUCUCCCCUUUCCUAUUUUGCAUAGUACACAGGAGAAGUUUGUUAAUUUCAAUCUGAUUCAAAUGAAAACUUCAGCGUAUUAUGUUGUUAAACCAGGAAUGACAUAUAUUGAUAUUUUGCCCCCUCCCCGAAAAAACAAACAAACAACCCAACAAUCAAAACCAAGUAGACAUCUGGUUACAAACCUAGUUUAGGAUAAUUUUAAGCAGAGAGUAUUAUUUUUGAAAAUAUUACUUCAAAGGACAAAAAACAGCAAAGUCAUGACAAAUUGGUAACUUUUUUAUCUUUUUUAACUUCAUAUGCCAACUGAUACCCCACUUUUCUCGUUUACACUUCUCAAAUUUAAUGGUACUCUUUUUGUUCAACAGAGCCAAUCAAAGAUUACAUACAUAAUGAACCCGUUCAAAGCACGUCUUUUUUUUUCAACAUGUGAUCAAGCUUUAUCAACAUGUAACAAGAACAAGAAUUUAUUCACUAACUUCAACACAUGAUGUGUAUGUACAUUUUGAAGGUUUUCAUUAUUACAAAUGCUAAUUUCUUACUUUCAGUAAGCAACGAAUGGCGACAUAAAUGACCGACUCUUUAAAGGUUUAUGAUUUCUGGGCUUCAUCUCUGUCUCUAGCAAUAGUAUAAUGACACCUUUAUGGUAAAAUCUCAGAAAUUCCAUAUUUCAGAAGGGAUUUUUGAAGUAUGUGAAAUCUGGAAAAAUCCUGACAAAUCUCAGCCUGGCAGUUAAAUGUUGACAAAGCCAGAAAAAAACAUGGUUCCAAAAACUACAAAUUUAAUUUAUUCCUUUGCAUCAGAUACUCCUCAAGCAAGCAUUAGAAACUCUUGCAGAACACAUCAGGAUAACACUGAUCUUGCAAUCUUGAACCAAACUGCUCUGUAACACAACCAACCACUACGUGGCAAUAUGCAAAAAAAAGGCAAUCAUUUUAUCAAGCAAAGAAUUCAUUCAAUGGGUUAGCAAGUUGAGAAAUAUCAUGACUUAAUAAGUUAUAACUCUUACAACGCCAUGAUAUAUAACUAUACACAACAUCAGCGGCAAUAAAAAAAAACUGUCAAUGAGACAUGAUAAAAACAUGGCAGAAAACCUGGACAAAUUCUAUAUUUUAAGUUUCCAAAAAACAACUGCUUGAACACACGCUUUGUGGGUGAACCAAAAUACAAAUUCAUUCUGAAAAACUACUGUUACAAUAUUUACAAAGUUUACUUUAAAAACCAAAAUCAGAGCACUAUUAAUGAAAAGAAAUUAAGUAUAAAAAGAAUAAUAAUUGAACACCACUAUGCUAGCAGUAUUUUCACUCUAAAAGGUGACCAUUUAUUGUGUUUGUGAGAAAAAUAAGGAUUUUGUUAGUAACUGUACUUCAUGGUUGAAAUUCAAACAAUGCUUCAAUUUGACUGCCAUGCACAUACAUGUACAGCAAAAAUCAUUUCCUUUUUUGAAUCAAACCCAUUUUUUUUACCAGAUUAAUGCAAACAAAUAAAAAUUCAAAAAAGUUCAAAUAUAUGUUUCACUCGUAAUAAACUUUAAACUGAAACCUUUCUGAUCAGAAAAAUCAUUGGUGACAGCUUUUUAAUCAUUUGACCAACACACUCUUUUUCUAAACUUUAGACCCCUAAAUGUCUUUGUUUUGCUGGGGAAAACUAAACAGAAUUGAAAAUCGAUGUCAUAAGCACACAUACAAUGGUCCUCUGAGACAGUCCAAAUGUUCUGGCACUGUACACAAAAUUCUUAUUGACGCGCAUGAACGUUUACACAUUAAAAUAACACUGUUGUUGACGACUCAUUAAGGGAAAAAAAGGAAAAACUAAAAGAUUAUUGCUAAAGUCAGUAUUUGAAAAGUGAUGGAUGGACUUUUACCAAACAAACCGAAAUGCAAAAGAGGAAUGUACAAGGAUUUGAAAAUGAGUUCAAUCUUGUCUGUGACAAUAAUAAGUAUUCACUUUAAUAUUUACAAUAAAAGAAUAGUUUAAAGAUGAAUUCAAUUGUUAAAUAUUCAUGGGUGGUUAAACUACGGGAAUUCAAACUUCUCCACUGUUAGUUCAAUAAUUAUUACUGGCUCUAAUGGGAACUUGAACAAAAGUGAACGCUAAAUUAAAUACCAGUUCUACAGUCCCCCAAAAAAGAUAAUAAUUCAAAUGUAUGUCUUAGUUGUUAAAAGGUUUGAAACUCCAUAUUCGCUUUUCAAGGUCGUUUCACCAAUUUACAUCUAAACCAUGUUUCAACCACUAUAAAUUAACUUUACUACACCUUCUUUUUUCACUUGCGUAUCUACGAGCAAAAUUCCGACGAAAAAUUUGAUUCAUUGGCAAAGUGAAUGCGUCAUACAAGUUAAACAAAACACAAAGCAAACUCAAACAGGAUGAUAUGAUUUGGAUGAAUUCUGACCUGAUAUUUUACGUAAAUAUUUAUACUUUGGAAAGUAAUAUCAACAUAUGUACAGUUACUUACAUCUUUUGCGGGAAAGGUUUUGGGGAUUAUUCGUGCACUGGCUGUGGUGGACAUAUUCGUAUUAAUUGAUAAUUUUGUUUCAGUUUAAUUUCGAGGAUUGGUAA